AUGGCACCGACCCAUCAUCCAGCUACUGACCAAAGCGAGACCGACAGCUCGCAACUAGGCGAACCCUUGCAGCCUCCUCUAUCGCCAGUUCAGGCGCCGGCGCCCACUGUCUCUGCUGCUGAAGAUGCCGACGAUGAUGGCUAUGCCACCGACGAUGCUUCAAACACGUCGACAUCACUGACGAGCAGCGUUCGUGACUACCAGUUCGACAACAGUCGAAGGUACCACAAAUACGCCGAGGGUCGCUAUCAGUUUCCAAAUGAUGAGCCUGAACAGGAGAGGGAAGAUAUGAAGCAUGCCAUGGUCGUACAUGCAUGCGAUGGGAAACUUCACUUUGCGCCGCUUGUCAAGCCAAGGGAUAUUCUGGACGUGGGCACAGGAACCGGCAUUUGGGCUAUCGACAUGGGCGACGAGUAUCCAGAGGCAGAGGUCAAGGGUAUUGAUCUGAGCCCUAUUCAACCCAUGUGGUUGCCACCCAACGUUCGCUUCUGGGUAGAUGAUGCGGAGGCUGAAUGGGUCCAGCCGCCCAGUUCUCUCGACCAUGUCCACAUUCGGCACAUGACCAAUGCCAUCAGGGACUGGCCCACGCUGCUCGCCCGAGCUUUUCAGGCUCUUCGCCCGGGAGGCUGGAUCGAGCUGCAAGAGCUCCGCUUCGAGUUGGAAAGCGACGAUGGCACUUUGCAAGACGGCAACAUGCUCAACGACUUCUUCCGAAACGUCGGUAAAGGCCUCAAGGCAUUUGGCGUGGAUCUCUGGGAUAUGAAGCAUAACAAACAACGCGUCGUGGAUGUUGGCUUCAUUAAUGUCGAAGAGAUACUUCUCAAGAUUCCCAUGGGGCCUUGGCCAAAGGAUCCGCGCAUGAAGAUGAUCGGGCAGUAUUGCAGGGCAAUAAUUGUUGAUGCCCUCCACGGCGCCUCCAACAAGUCCUUCACGCAUGGUUUGAAGUGGUCCCCUAAUGAGAUUGAGCUCUAUCUGGUGGCAGUCCGCCAUGCAUGUAUGGACAACAGCUCGCACGCUCACAUACCAUUCCACGCCGUCACCGCGCAGAAACCAUGUUGA